CACAACAAACUUGUUCACUUUUAUUUUUAUUACGAACUAAUUUUAUCAAUUAUUAUUUGUAUACAUACUGAUUUAUGUAGUUAAUCAGACGGUAUGUCGGCUCCGGCAGAAUUGAAUUUUGAGGAAAUACUGAAGUUUAUGUUGGCUCACAAUGGAAAAGUUACAAAUCAUGAGUUGGUUAAACAUUUUAAAGUAUUCUUGAUGAAUCCAGAAAUGCGAGAUGAGGCAAGAAAUACUUUCAAGAAGCACGUCAAUACAUUGGCUAUUAUUAAAAAUCAAAACAAUGAGAAGUGGUUAAUAUUAAAAAGGAAAUAUAUGCCAGCCGGUGGGAAAGAAAAUGAGGAAGAGGAAAAGAAACCGGAGCCUCAAGCGAGUGAAGUACGAGAACCGGAGCCCUACAAGCCUCCUCCACCCUUGCAGCUGAACCAGGAUUUCAAUAUUCUAAACAACAUUAUACAGGACACAAAGCCAUCUUCGCCAGUAGUCAGUACACCUACAGACAUAAAUUAUAAUGUGUCUAAAGAGAGUUUGAUUGUUGGCGACGAGCCCCCUAAGAUACCUUCCCGGAGAAAAUCUUUGGACAAGUUCCAACCAGAGAAGCGUUCGAGUAUACCACAGAUAAGUCCGAUCAUCAAUGAUGAUGACAAGCCCAAUGACACUCCUCCACCACUCACAACCUCCAAAAGCGAGGGCAUGCUGGUGGACAACGAACAGAAGAUAUCCGUCAAGGAGAGAAAGCAGAUGUUCAACAGAAUGGCCUCGGAAAGUGAUGUGAUCAAAUCAAACAAACUCAGUUUUAAUAAUUCGAAUGCUGACGAAGAAGACAGAGCAUCGCUGGAACAAAAGGAGAACGAUCCGUUGGACUCGAAGCAGAAGCAGUGGAUCCUGUGUGCGGCGAGAGGCGAGUACCAUUCCCUGGCCAAAAUGUGCAAGGAGAAUCCCAAACUAGUCAGGACAAAGGAUCCUUUCACGGGUUCCACGGCAAUGCACUGGGCGUGCAAGCGCGGUGAUGAGAACCUGGUGAAGCUGCUAGCUGGAGUACACAGACACGUCGUCAACGAACGAUCGAAUGGGGGCUACACUCCCCUGCACAUCGCAAUGCAAUUUCGUCACGAGAACGUCUUCAAGCUACUAGUAGAUGUGUAUGACGCGGAUCAGAACGUCCGCGACUGGUCGGGUCGCAAGCCGCGCCAAUACCUCGUCCACCUCGACACCUCGCUCUCGCCCGGCUCAUACAGAAAAACAGAGACCCUAACCCUCCGUCGUACGGUAACCGCUCCCCCGGUCGUUCAGACCCCAGUCUCCCCCACUAGACUGGCUCACUCGUUCUCAAAGAAGGAGGGUUUCCUCCGCAUCGGUUCCCUCAACGUGCGAGUUAAGAGGACUACCGAGGCUUUCAGCAACUUCCUCGGAGUGGGGGCCACGCGGUCCUCCGCCUACGUGCCCAAGACCAGGGAUCAGAGGGACGAGGACCAGCUACACAAGAGUUGGGGCUCCGCUGACAACAUACCGAAGGAGGACAAGCUAAUGCCGCCUCCCAGUAGUAAGGUGCGGCGGCGCGGCGGUGGCGCGCGGCGCGGCGGAGCCAGCCGCAGCACACCCUCUACACCUGAUCAGCCUCGGGCACAGAUCGGCGGCGGCGUAGAAGGCGACUCGGACUCGGACACGGCGGCCGGCUUCCACGCGGCAUGGCGACAGUCACAUUCAUAAUUCACCGCAGCUAACCGCCUGUUGGGAGUUUACGACUAUUGAUGCAGCUGUUCACCGAUAGAUGGAGCUUCACGUUGUUUUAGAACAUUACAAUGCAGCUUAACAUUGUUUUAUUUGAUUAAUAAUAGAUGGCGCUCAAUCUUUUUCAAUAUGAUACCGAUAGAUGCCGCUUGUUGGUACAAAAUGUGUUUUUAUUAUCCGUC